AUGGCGCAUCCUCUGGACGGUUGUGUCUCCGCGGGGUCUAGUGCGCGCGCGCUCGGAGCCGGGAGCUCCAGCCGAGCCCCACGCCACCGCUCCGCGCCCGGGCCCGGCCCUACGCCUGACCCGCAAGCCCGGCAAUUCCUGGGUCCUAAUUUGCAGACAGCCCCAGGCCCCGUUGGGGGCCGAGGCAAGCCGCGAACCUGGGAGUGUGCGGGGAGGUGGGAGGAGCGGGGUUGUUUCGGCAGCUUUGGCGAAUGGCUUUUCCGCGAAGACGUAGAGCUCUGGGAUCUAGUCGGUGCCUGGAGGCAGAUCCUGGGCGCCGGGGAUGUUGGCGUGGGAAGAGCGGUGUGCAGCUCGGGAGAGCUGGGUGAUGACGAGGAGUCGGAGGGCGACCCGGCAGGAAGCCGAGGAGCGGGAGGGGAGGACCCCGCCGAGGAGCGAGGGCGAGGGAAGCGCGAGGCCGCGGGGGGCGCGCGCGAGGGAGCCGCGGAGGGCCAGGCCCAGCCGCGGCCAGGCAGGGCGCGGGCUCGCGCUCCCCGCGGCCCCGCGGCCCCGCGGCCCCACGGCCCGCGCCGGGUCCGGUCACUCCCCGCCCCGGGCUCCGGGCUCCCACCGGCCUCGACUCCGCGCCUCCUCCGAUCCACCGCGCCAGCCCUCUCCCAGGUGCGGGGCCCAGCCGCGGCCUCUCUCCGGGCGCCCCCUGGCGCCCGCCUCGCCGGGUAG